UUCGGCAGCUCCAGCUUAAAGGUGAGAGCUGGUGCUGGGCGAGCCGGCGUGGCAAGGAUGGGUGCUCUCCGCUGGCUCGCAGCCUCUGCGCUCUGCAUCGUCGUUUGGGGACAGGACUACAGGCUCUCCCGCUCACCCCCCCACUUCGGCUCCAUCUAUCAUGUCCGAGGUGUCAUUAACCUGCCCUAUGCUGAGAUUGAGGAGCCCUUCGAAGCCUGGUACAACCUGACGGGAAACAAGAGCCGGAUCCAGUAUUACGGGGGGCAGGUCAUAACCUACCAGCUGGCGUCGGUGAAGCCCUAUGGGAUGCGCUACAAGAUCACGCCGGAGACCACCGAGAAGGAGGUGAACACCAGGAGAUGCUUCCAGCUGCCUGGCUCCAAGGAGGACGUGGUCAAGACCCAGAGUGUCUUUCCGAACAUUGACGGCUUCAAGUUCCUGCGGGAGGAGUACUACCGGGGCCGGUACUGCGCCGUCUGGCAGAACGUCACCCGCUGGGCGCAGAAGAAGAAUGUCUACACGCUGUGGGUGACCAACUCCAGCUGCGGGGUGGCCCCCGUCCACUAUGAGAUGCGAGGCUACAACAGCCUGCUGGGCUCCCACUACGACAAGUACGAGAUCACCUACACUGACUUCGACAACAGCUUCCCUGCCUCCAUCUUCGACCUCCCCAUCAAUGAGACAAAGAAGUGUGGAGCCCUGCCAGGGAGCACAGUGGAGCACCGGGUGCUGGUGAACCCCAUGGAGGACCUGGUGGGACAACACCAGCCCUGGGCCCAUGAGGUCUUCCACCACUACCGCCGGCGGCUGGGGCGGCAGUACGGCUCCGCACGGGAGCUGGAGCACAGGCAGAGUGUCUUUGUGCACAACAUGAGGUAUAGGCAAUUGGGGGGGGGGGCUGACACCCCCCUCCAGGGGUGUUCCCCAUCCCUGGGGGCUCGCACCGCUGCUGCUGCGGUGAGAGGUGGCAGUGGCAGGCUGAUGCUGCCCGAGAGCCUCGACUGGCGCAUGUACGGUGCUGUGACCCCUGUCAAGGACCAGGCCGUCUGUGGGUCCUGCUGGAGCUUUGCUACGACGGGCGCCAUGGAGGGUGCCCUCUUCCUCAAGACCGGUGUGCUGACCCCCCUGUCCCAACAAGUCCUCAUUGACUGCUCCUGGGGCUUCGGGAACUACGCCUGUGACGGGGGCGAGGAGUGGCGAGCCUACGAGUGGAUCAAGAAACACGGCGGCAUCGCCAGCACCGAGUCCUAUGGCACCUACCUAGGGCAGAAUGGUUUGUGCCACUACAACCAGUCUGAGAUGCUGGCCAAGAUCACAGGCUACGUCAACGUCACCUCGGGCAACAUCACAGCGGUCAAAGCUGCCAUCUACAAGCACGGCCCCGUGGCUGUCAGCAUCGACGCCUCGCACAAGACCUUCUCCUUCUACUCCAACGGCAUCUACUAUGAGCCCAAGUGUGGGAACGAGCCGGGAAUGCUGGACCACGCGGUGCUGGCCGUGGGCUACGGGGUCCUGCAGGGAGAGACCUACUGGCUCAUCAAGAACUCCUGGUCCACAUACUGGGGCAAUGAUGGCUACAUCCUCAUGGCCAUGAAGGACAACAACUGCGGUGUGGCCACCGAAGCCACCUACCCCAUCCUGGCUUGA